AAGAUAGUUUAUUAGUUACAUGCGUUCUAUAAUUUAUAGUUUAAAUAAUUAUGAAAACUACAUAUAAUCGUAUUAUUUCACCCGUUUAGUUUAAUUUUCCGGUUGUUGGACACUUGUAGAGUGUAAACCUAGUCUUAGUUCUUAGAUGCAUUCAAACUAGGCAGUCGGUUUUAAAAUGUUGWUUAUACUGUACGUCAUAUUAGCAACUCACUGCUACGCAGAWGACAUAUUCCCCGAAGCUUUGGUAUUUGAAGGAUUAGGCUUAUCUGACGUAGUCAAUAAUUCAAAAUCCGACGAAAUUCGUAACAAUACCAUAUUGAUUGCAGGAGAUUUAAAUGAUGCUUUGACAACCAUGAAUUUCCACAGAACAAAAAUAAAUGAUUAUCUCUGCCGGCAAUAUGUAGUUGRAGAAAUAUUACAAGAUAUUACGGACGGUACAUCAUCUAAAGGCCGAUCGAUGUCACRAGACAAUCACGUGACAAGUAAAACGUCUGUCAUGCAAACUGAUCAAGGCUCAUCCGCUUACAAUGCAUGGCUGAUCAAAACAAAAUUAUUGAAAAAAAUAUAUGAUGAAUACGAUUUAAACGUUAGAAUGCAUGAAAAACCAGCUGGAUUCACGCUAAAAAAYAAAAAUAAUGAAAGCUUAGGAACACAUGACUACGAUACCAUGAAAAACGUUGAUGACAUAAAAGAUUUGAAAAAAGUUCAUCACUCAAAUGAAGAUUCAUUUCUUAGUCCCAGUGAUACAGUCAGUGUGGAUUUUGCACAAAGUCAAUCYAUAGAGUAUGAUAUUGAUAAUGUAAAAAAAAACAAAAAUCCAAAUCAACCACACCAUGGCUCUUCUGAUUUCAAUCCUACACAAUCUACUCAACUACCUCCAUUAGCACACGAACCCUCUUUCGGCUCUUUCCCACAAUCAUCACAUGAACCACCAUCACUUCCAACUCAAUAUGGACCCCCACCAUUGUCGAAUGAAAAACCUACAUACCCAUCUGAUUAURGAGUGCCAUCRUUGCAGUCGUCAUAUGGACUACCAUCAACUUCUCAUGAACGACCUCCAUCAUCAUAUAUACCACCUCUGUCGUCAAAUAACGGUCAUUCUUAUUUCCCUCCUUCAAACUACCAUUCAUCAAAUUAUCCACAUCCUGGAUUGAUUCCACCAACUCAAAAUACAGGUCACUAUCUUCCGACCCGAGACAUCGAAACAUUAAGUCAAUCGGAUAACGAGGUACAUAAUUCUGAUAGAGAACCAUUUAUACGAGGACUUACCGCAACUGAUAUGUACGAUUUAACUUUAACAGCUAUUGCAUUCUUGGGAUUCGGUACAUUUGUCAUGAAUCUAGUCAUGGACGCCAUGGCGGUACAAUCGGGAGCUACACUAACUCUAAACUCAUCACCAUUACAUCACGGCGCCACUGUUUCCAGAGUCAGAAGACACAAUAACCCCGUAAUUUGGGAAAUAAACGAGUUGUCUUGGACCAUAGUAUCGACGCUUGAUAAUAUGAUGGCAAAUGUGGACGGGGCCUCUGUGAAUUGUGAAGAAGCCAAAAAAUUGUGCCAAAGAUCCAAAAAACUAGUAAAAAACGGAAUAAACUUCAGUUCAAAAUUAUUGCCCGUUUGGAAUGUUGCUUUAGGAUGGCUUUCGAAGAAAUUAGGUACAGAUAAAAGCCAGCCGGUGAUUUCUGCAUUGUUAGAUCAUUGUAUUCUGCCUUCACAGUGCCAAUCAAAUUCAUGA